AAACUUCCCCGCAACCUAACAAGAAAAUCGCGUUUUCUCAACAACGUAUCAAGAGAAUCGAAAAACAAGUACAUUUUGGAAUUAGCAUGCCACAAUACGCCGAAAACGACCUCCAAUUCGCCACCAACGAUGUCCGCAAGGGGAUGGCGAUCCACAGAGCGUCCCGCGCUUAGAACAUUGGAGAAGUACACGAUUGGCAACAGAUUAGCGAAAGAGCUUUAUCAGAGGUUGUCGGACACAGAGAAAGCACUUUACAGACUAGGUGAUUCGAAGGACCCCCGGGCUCGCUGUAACGGGCUGGGACAAGGAUGGAGAUUCGAGAUCCUGCUCUGCUCAGCCUUCUAACCAUCUCUUCACAUUUACAUUUCACCCAAGACUUCAAUCUUCAACAUGGCCGGCGAGACCGGGGCCGCGGGUCUUUCCCUCUCACUCUCGAUGAUUAUAGCCGCAUUCUUCGGCAUCUCAUGCUAUAAUGCCGUCGAAAUCGCUAUUUCCAUCUUCUACACGUUCAAGAAACGACGAGGUUUGUACUUCUGGAGCAUGUGCGUGGCCACGUUCGGCAUACCGCUCCAUUCCAUCACAGUCUUGUUCCGCCUUUACGCUGUCGGCCCAGACUUCGUCAUGAGCGUCCUCAACGACCUGGCCUGGUACUUCAUGGUGACCGGCCAAGCCGUUGUCCUAUACUCUCGCCUCCAUUUGCUGGUUCACAAUACAGCGGAGCUCCGCUGGGUUCUCACCAUGAUCAUAACAAACUUUUGCAUUCUCCAUAUCCCAACCACAGUCCUCUUCCUGGGUGCCAAUUCCGGAAACCCUGAUCCUUUCCUUGGCGGGUUCCGGGUUUUCGAGAGGAUUCAUAUCAUUGGCUUCGCCCUUCAGGAACUCAUCAUAUCUGGACUUUACAUCUACGAAGCCUACAAACUCGCUCGAUGUCUUCAACCCGCCCUGGCAGCUAGGGGCCGCGAGGAGUCGAGGGUCAUGUCACACUUGAUUCUUGUCAACGCCCUUGUCGUCCCCUUGGACCUAAGCCUGGUGCUCUUUGAGUUCACUGGCUUCUAUGUCAUCGAGGCCACCAUGAAACCAGUCGUGUACAGCAUCAAGCUCAAAAUGGAGUUCAUUGUCCUCAACAAGCUCGUGGCUCUCGUGUGGCACGAUCACGGCUGCGGGAGCACCUAUGGGCAGAGAGGCGACAGCAUUCCUACGCACGCGAGCUACCCCUUGCAAAGCCAGAGUCCCGGCGUCGAAUCGGGCUCCGGCGCCAGGGUGGCCAGCAACCUGGUCAGAUUCGUCGUCUCAUUCAUAGAAGAGGCACACGCUAGAUCCGGCUCGAAGACACAACAACGGAGCCCCGAGAGAUCGCAUGCGGACUACCAGAGGGAUCACCCGCAUCCCCAGUCCUCUUCAUGCUAUACAUAG